UCGUAGCAUCAGUCCUCCCUACGUUAUUCCCACGUACCUAACCGUUUCAACCCCUGAAAUGUAAACAUUGUUCGCCAACCAUCCAAUGUGACCUAAUUUAGCAAGUGCGCCAUUUCUUAUCUACAGGUUUCUUCUUGAAUUCUCUCAUAACAUGGAUCUUUGUUUGUUAACCUAAGACGUUUGUUAUGUAGAAAAUUGUAAAAUGAAAGUCAAAGAUUUAUCCGAAGAUAACUCUAAUAAUGACGACAUCGUUCCAAUCGCCGUACAAAUAUUUCUAUGGAGACAAACUACACCUUUCAUGCGGCCAAGAUUUGGAAAAGUCCACGAUUCGGCAUGCAUGUUCUGUCAACGAGCUCCUGGACACCAUGAAUUAAAAGAAGCUUGCAAGUCUUUUGAGAAAGUGUUGGUGCAAAAUCUUCGCUUUGGACUAGCUAGCAACCUCACUGACGCCAUAGAGGCAAUCCCACGAUGGCGACUUAUACAAGCAGCUUUACCGCAUGUAAUGCAUGCUUUAGCAGGCUUACUGCACAACAGAGUAAAAGACAAUAUGCAAACCCUGGGCAAUGUAGAAACAAAACUCCUUUACACUUUACAUUGGAUAUUACUUGAUGCUUCAGAUGAGUGUGCUGAUAAUGACUAUGAGAAUGGAAAAUAUUUCUCCAACCCAUUUCACUAUUUAUUUUCUGUGCCAGCUAUGACUCUUUUUGUGUUCCUUUUUGCACCUAUAUCCCAACACUUGAAAGAAUCAGAUUUCACAAGCAACUACAGGUUAGAGAAUGGUCUAAAACUAUGGCAAGCUUUGUGGGAGUUCAGACACCCUGACGCGUCAUGCUUUACAACACUAGUGAAACCUAAACCCCGACCACUUGGUGGAAAAUAUUCAAAGAGACCUCAACAAGGCGAUAUUUUUAUGGGUCGCAAGUUCUCGAAAGAAGAAAGUGCAGCCAACGGAAGCCCUCCAAGUCAAAACGUAUCAAUGUCACAAUCUGAAGCGCCGUCGAAGCAAGCCAGCACUGAAGAAGAGCCUUGGCUGUCAUCACCCAAAGAUACUGUCUUCCCAGAGACCAUUCCUGAAGAGAGCUCUAGCACUGAAGAGGAACAUGUGUUCAUUUACCGUCUACCUUCAGAACAAAAUUAUAGUGGCGUGAAUAGAGGCGCUUAUACGGUGUAUGCGGCUGAUCCUAGCAUAUUUCAAGUCCGGAAAGCGGAUCCCUCCAAGCCCACGCUGCCUGGCAUUAAACCUUUGCCACAAAUCACCAAAAUGAGUUCAUCAGAUAAAGAGUCAUUAUCCGAUAGCGGCGGAGGUCCCGGUGUGAAAGGUACUCCCACUUCUGCAGAAAAAUCAACCAGCAUUAAACAAAUACAACAUGUAUCCGCGGCAACUUUUCUAGAUGUAGCUACAUUACGAUGCUUAUUCGCAUCGCAAUGGCAAGAAGAAGGUGUUUAUUGGGCGUUACAUUAUUUGUACAAUAGAUUACGUGAUAUAUGCGAUGACAUGUCGAAACAAAUUCAGCCUAGACGAAGAAGUAAUUCCUUACCAAUACCUAAAAUAGAAGUAUCCAUAUACCAAAGCCCUGAAAUAAAAGAAAGAGAUUCUUUAAAAAACUUUAUGGAAGUACCCGAAUCUAAAGAUAUCUCGCCUAUAACAGAAAUUCCGUUUUCUAACGUACCCAAGCUGGAUGAAGACAACAUAAUGACUCGAAGAGCGAGCGAAAAAGUAAAGCGGAAAAUGAAAAUGGCCGACCUGAAAGCGUUCGUUGAGAUGAAGCUUUUAUCCAAAUCUGAAAAAGCGUUGGAAAAAAUUGGCCAAGAAGAUCAUAAAUUUAGUUUUCAUACUGCAGUAAGAAUGAUAUCUGAAUACCACCGAAGUCUUGAUAACGCCGAUGAUCGCCCAAAUUCAGCUCUUGCGCGUAAUUUUCCGCCGUUGGCUCCCAGACUAACGGGGGAUUUUCUUCAGUACAAUCUUAUAAAAGGAAAAAGCAUGCCAAGCCUUAGCUGUCUCAUUGAUGAGCUAGCAUCCAAUGGAUAUAUUGGCGAAAUCAAAACUGAGCGAGCGCAAGGGAUCGUCACCACAAAGCCAUCAAAUAUUCAGAAAAAGAAAAACCCUAUUAUUACUGUAACAGAACAUACACCUACGCCAUCGCCUGAUUAUCUCUCCAAAACUAGACAAGGAUCUUUAGAAUCACAAAUGGACUCAGUAAGCAUGCAAGGGUCCCAGCAUAUCCCCACACCGGAACGCAAGCCCAGCUUAACGAGGUCCCAGACAGAUUCUAACAUCACGUACAUUGUGGAAGAAAUACAAGAAGCAGCUGGGUCACUCUACUAUAUCACUAAAGAAGGAGACAUCGACUUUCAAGUUGUACUUAAGGCAAUAUACUCAGUCUCAGUCAUGGAUAGUUUCUACAUAACAAUGCGAGUAAUGGAAGUGAUGCUGAAUUUAGUUGAUACGUUAAUGGAAGUCGGUGUCCACAAAAACUGGCAAACUGAUUCUGAUCAGGACCCUCAGCCAGAAACAGUCGAUCCUUUAGCUGAUUAUCAGAGGGAUAAAGACAGUAAAGAAAGAGAUUCAGGCAUACCUUGCGCCCAAAGCCAAGAUUCAACCAACGUUGAGGGUGGUGAAACUAAAAUGAAAUCUAGGGAUGAAGAAAACUUCGAUUGCCCUUAUUACAUGCUUAUGUAUAUUAUUCUCAGGUUAUUACGUCAAUUAGGCUGUUCUCAUGGCUGUACAACAGCUUUAAGAGGACCUCAGGCAGAAUGUCUUCGCGUUCAAGCUAGAAAUUCACUCCGUCAAUUGCGAACUGAAUCCAUUAGUAAAUUCACUUUGCGCCUAAAAGAAAUGACUAAAUUCGCUCCUAUAAGGGAAGUGUUGGACAACCUUCAUGCCACACUAGGUUACUGCACUGAACCGCCUACUAUGGUUUCGCCAAUAAGUCAACAGAAGAGGAAUUUCUCAAAAUCUCCAGAGAUAAGUCACUUACAGGCGGGAUACGCCACGAAUUUUGGGGCGGGCCAAGGACCCAACGCCAACAGAGCCAUAGAGAAUUUCAUAGUGGAAACUACAUUCAGAGUUCUAGUUACCAGAUUCGCACUGAUGCACCGAGAAUUAAAGUUGCUUGAUAACUCGGCUCUAUAUGCGGAAGUGCGCCUACUUCUAAGCUACGUCCUUGAAGCGCACGGUGGGGAAUUCCGUGUAGUGGCAUUUAGUGGUUUAAUGGAUACUGCCGAAAGGCCUGGUACACAACCUAAAGAAUCUCACAUGCAGACCACCAGAGUCAUAAGGCAUAUACCAAGAAUGGCUGAUGACGAACGAAGUUCUGAUACUGGUGCAGAUUCUGGAUGCGCUGCCGAUGACCGCAGUCAUAAAAAGUUUACUUUCAAGAAGAGAAGUACCUCUUCAACUGGAGCCCACAGUCUCCUAGAAACGGAAGCAGGAGAUGAAUCUGCCAGUCAGUCGCCUUUAUCAGUGCGAACACGAAGAUACCAGCUCACGCCGAGACAGUCUGAAAGAACGAUACCUUCCGCAUCGUCCGCUGAUAUCACACCUCACCAUACCAUAACGCAUUCCAAAUCGAUACCUUCGAAAUUUCAUAUUAGUGGUAUAGUCAACUGGUUCCGUCAGAAACCGCAACCGCAACCUCUAGUGCGCAACGGUGCGGGCUCUGGAGAGUCAUUGCCUAUAUCUGGCAGUAUGGCGUCUCUGGCGCGGCCUUACCACACGCAACCGAUUCAUGUUUCUCGACCCGUGCACGUUAAACGUCGCGUUGGUUAUACGCUUAAUAGAGCGAGGAAAAGAGUGGAAGAUAGAUUGAACAGAUUUGGUCUCAGAAAAAUUGGAAAAAAACGAGACGGCAGUAUAGAAGAAACUACGGGAGGUUACAUGUCCCGCCGCGGCUCUGCGGAGGGUGGUUCGGGUGGUGGGGAUUCUGAAGUGGUAGUCCUAAAGCGUCGAAGGCUGGUUGCAGCGGCACCUUUAUACGCUGGCCUUGCGCGUUUCAGCUUCAUGUUAGACGCUACACAACCGGGUGGCACGCCUGAUGCAUUGUUCAUGGCUGCGUUGUUGGAUCUCCCUCACACGGUAGUGGUUGGUCGAGCUGCGAUACUUCUGGAAUGUGCUUUUUUGGUCCAUAACUGUAACAAAGGACAAUGGCCUUAUUGGUUGAAAUCGAAUAUGGCGAAAAACCCCUUAUCAUCCGGUCCCCUACAAUUAAGACGCCAACGACUAGCUGGAAAACUAUUCUACCAAUGGGCAGAAGCAAUAGGUAACAGACUUGAAGAUAUGUUGAAUGAGGAUAAAAAGCACAUAGAUACUGUUGUGAGCCUAGUGAACGAUCCCGACGGACAAAGAGAACUGUUACAACAGGAUGAAGAGGAAGACUUUUUAGAUGAAGCCAGUAUUCGGCUCCCUGGAAAAACUAUCGGAGCAGAAUGUCCUCGAGCACUUCGGAUGGUUGCUUGCGUCCUACUGUUUGAAAUAACAGCCUUUCUUCGAGAGACUUACCAAAACUUACCAAAAUCCUGUAGAUCUUCGUUAAAGGAAAGAGGUCCUUGGGAUAGAGUAUACAGGUGGAUGCAAAAGCGGAGACGUUUAUUGUGUAAUAAUAAGGCUCUUAGCAGUCAACACACAUUAAUGCCAGUCGAGGAAGCUAAUCGACGAUGGAGUAUGGCAUUAUCAAGUAUGGGACAUUCUCAAGCUUCCGCUCAGAGUCUACAAUCCAUUGCUGGAGCAGAAACAGAACGAAAGAUAUCCUUUGUACUACACGAGCCAGAGAAUGUAUCUGGCGGAAGUAGUGUUACAUUACCGGAGGCUAUCCCAAUCGAAGACAAGAAGUCAAGAUUGGGUUCUCGUGGCAAAGGCAUAGCCCGUCGAAACACCCAACAGCAUGCGGCUUUCGGAUCAUUCAAGCGGCGUUCUAUUAAGUUAAGACAAAAAGAUCCACGUGAACUUGAUGAAUUAACACUAAAUUCAAAUUUUUCAGUUGUAAAUCGAAGGUCUGAUUCAUUCCAAAGUAGAAGAAAAGUUUCAUCGUUAUCUGAUAGAAGUGAUACAUCAGAAGUUUAUCCUGGAACAGGAGGUACGGUGAUAAUGCCAAACGAAGUUGAUAGUGGUGGUGAGGAAAGCCCUGGUGUUUUGUCUGAUGAUCACGACCAUCCACCCGACAGCCCUGAUAGCAAUUCAACCGAUCCUCCAGAUAUAAAUAAAGGUUUCCCUUGGCUUAAGGUGAUAGUAAAGUUUUUGAAUUCUUUCAACUAUGUAUGCUGCCAUCAAAACUUUUGUCAUCCAUAUUGCUUCCGCCGCAAUAUGCGUGGAACCGUUCGACUUAUGAAAUCUGUUCAAAAGAUAUAUGGUGAAAAAUUUGGUCCAGAAAUAAAUACGACUAACAACGAAGAGGGACCCGGUGGAGCGAGAAGAGGUCGGCGCGCAAGAAAGCCUUCCGAAAAUGCAAGUGAUAGAAUCGAUCGAUCUGUGAUAGAGAGUGCAGGUUUGGCUUACCGUACUUCUGGAGUGGAAACUACUGUACCCACCAAUGAAGUACCGCCCGUUAAUAAGCCUGGUACCAUACCGUAUCCACCCCUUGAGCCACCGCCUAUACUGAAGUACAUCAAAACGCACGUACGCGACGCUUACCACGCGCCUUUAGCUGCAUUAGUUAAAGGUGCAACCACACUGCCCGAGGACGUAUUCGCGGACGCUGCGGGUGCCGCAUGGCAUCUUUUGCUAGAAGCGGACCGCGAGCUAAGUGCGUGUGCGGCCGCGCUUUUCAUCCUCACAGCUGUGAAGGCACCGGCCGCAGCAGCACAUCUCAUGCAUCGACAUCUUAAACACCCCGACCCUUCCGUCAGAAUCAAUGCUAUAUUACGAUUCCAAGUUAUGUGGAAACUACGAUACCAAGUAUGGCCUCGAAUGGAGGAGGGUGCUUCAAUGACAUUCAAAGUGCCUCCUCCUGGUAUCGAAUUCACUCUACCUUCGCCAAAGAUAGGAAUCGAAUCGUUAGCUGUUGUGGAUCCACCAUGGAGUCCACAAGUAAAAGAUAAGGAUAUGGAAAUGACCCUCAACCAAGAGCGACAUCGAUCAUUAGUUACCGCAACUAAAACCCGCAAAAAGCAACAAACCGAAGCCAUCAAAAAGGCGCUACAACAACGCGACGACAAGAAAAAGGCCGAACGGGAGAGUUUUCUUAUUACAACGAUUCCAAUAACUCGUCAAGCUGCGCGAGAACCUGCGUUAGAUCACGUUACAGACGAUCAUAUUGAACCCCCAGCUGAUGAGGAAAUCGUUGAAGGAGUGCGUGGAUCACAUCACACGCAAGUGGCUUCAGCGUUAUUUCCCUCUGUACUGUGUUCUGCGGUGGCCGAAAUCAUAUCAUUAUUAGACGAUGCUGCCGUGUCCCGGGAAGGAUGCUCGGUAUAUGAAAUAGCUUAUCAGGUUAUAUGGGGAUGUCUUGUGGAAGAUUCUGCUCUAUUUCUACGCCACGUGUUAGAAAGGCUAACAAGAGACCACCAAGAUGAGAUGUUUAAACUCCUGCGUCAUUUAAUACGUUUUAUACCAAGAUUACCACAACAGGCUGCGUUCGCAUUGUACAACUAUAUUAUUGGAUAUGUUAUGUUCUACGUGAGAUCACCGCAUGAAGAUGGACAAAGACUUAUCGGCGCAGCAUUGUCAAUUCUGUGGAUGGUAGUACACAGCGUCCACGGUAUAAUGUUCAAGGAUUUAAAACAAAUAUUGCGUAAGGAACAAUGCGACGCUUCAAUUCUGCUAACUGCAAACGUGCCCGCCGCUAAAAAGAUCAUUGUACACGGUCCGUCUGACAACGAAGGUAGUAUACCGUCCCAAUUCCCGGUUCAAGAGGACACCCAAUUCUGUCAAAUUUUAAGAGAAUCUCUAGACUACUUUGGCAUUCCUGAAAAAUUACAUGACGAACACUUUCUAGUUGACUUUAAGACACGUCAAAUUCACAACGCCCAAAGUUACGUCCGCGAUCAUUAUUUCUUCAAGCGAUCUCAAUAUCCUCAACUGGGAUUGGUACAUUUGGAGCCAGAGGAGGCUUUUGAAAAAUUACAACAGCAGGAACUGUUACAGAAAUUUGUUGAAAUCGGCAAAGUAUCACUUACUUGGGCUAUACUAAAAAAUGUGGACAUGGUCGUUCAAAGAGUUGUAUUUCUUCACGAUGAGCUCAUGAAAUUGCCAUCUUUUCCGAGGAAAGCUCUGGAAGCGGAUCUGGUUUUGUAUAGCCGAGGGCCAUUGGGCUCAACUCUGCUUGGCUUAGACGUUCUACAUAAGUUUAUGUGGGUGCGUCUUAUUGCCCGUAUGUUCGAAGCAAUGGCAGGAAAUUUUACGUCAUCGAGAGAUAUACAUCUGUUCUUGAACGUACUCAAUGGGGCCUUGAUGCUUCACAGUGAAGACUCCCUGAUUCUCCGAUAUGUUAUAGCAACUUAUGUAAACGCUGCUUUUAACUUCAAAAACAUAUUCUCUACUAAUGGCUAUCUUCUCAUAAUGCCGACACUCCUACAAAUAUACUCGAAUUUCCAAACAAAUAAGCUAGUGACGACAACGAUAGAAUAUGCCGUGAAGCAAUUCUAUUUGCUCAAUAGAAAACCAUUCAUUUUACAAAUGUUCGGUUCAGUAUCCGCUAUACUGGAUACUGACGAGGAGGCAUCUUUUGGGGACGCUAGCAAAGUGCAAUCCAGCUGUCUUUUCAAUCUUCUACUCAGUCUGGAAACUCCAUCACCUGACCCACUUCACAUAGCAGAACUAAUUAAAGAAGAAAAGCCACUCAAACCUAUAGACUUUUGCUAUCGAGAUGAAGACGAAAUGGUCAAUGUAUUGGAUUGCAUCAGCCUUUGUGUGAUGGUUGUAUCGUACUCUGCUGAAAGUAUGCGAGGAUAUCAAAUGCUUAUUAUACUCGAAGCGAUACUGCCAUGCUACGUGAAGCAAAUACAACUUCCGACCUAUAACCGAGAGGGCAAAACUGAGAAAGAAAUCAUUCAGCAGCUUGCCAUUGCCAUUAAAACUCUUGUCAAUAACUGUGAAGGACUAUCCAAAUCAUACAACGGCCCUUACCGAACUUCACCAGAACACAAAGGUUCCUCCCAACGUGGGUGUCCUAGGCCGGCUGCGACUCCUUUCAUGACGCUUGAUAUACUGGACGAUGAAUCGCAUUCGCGUUACGUUAGUGACCACUCUCGUAUGCCUCCAGUCACUGACUAUACAGGCACUGAGGAUUCUGAGCUCGUACGCGCUGAAUAUCGUCGUCCCCGAGACGUACUUCUGUCAUUAGUAGGCGAUUUUAUCGACCGCGCCACAACGCGUUUGGUGGACUUGAACGGGUCUAAAGGGAGUGGAGGAAGUGAAGGGAAACCUGUGGAACUCCUCGAUUCGAAGUCACAUGCGAGACUAGCCGAAAUAGCCCACUCAUUGUUAAAAGUUUCCCCAUACGACCCGGAAUCUAUGGGUUGCAGAGGCUUACAACAGUAUAUGAUGCAAGUCCUUCCAGCUGCAGAUUGGGCCGAUGAUUCGUUAAAACCCGCACUCAUUAUGAUUUUACGCAGACUUGAUAAAGUCUUUAUGAAGAUUGCUAAAAAACCUAGUAUAAGGAGAAAUACGGAUUGGGAUUCCGCCGCCAUUUUACUCAAAGGAAUAUAUGAAACGAUGUUACGAUGCCCAUAUAUAGUGCAUUGGCAGCAAGUCAAAACACUUCUUAACACUGUUCAGGCGUUAAUAGUAUCAGAUAAUAAUAGCGGAGAAAACUUAUCGUCGGCAACUGCUGCUCUAAUGUCGCAACCUCCACCACCGCACUUUGGCAGCACUGUUGUUCGUUUGAUCGCAUUGCAAGUUGGCCAUACUGGGGAUAGUUAUACAUUAGAACAAAUGUGCGGUGGCAGUGCAAUUUUUCCAACUGCCGAAAAAACUGAAAACAUGCUUAUGAAUUUAAUCAUGCCUUUAAGCCUAAGAGUCGGCGCCGGACGAAAAGAUGUGCCACCGCUCCGCCAAUCGGACGUGUCAUAUCUAGUGUCCGUGGUUGUGAGCGCGCUAUGCCCACCCGCGCCGCCCGGACAAGCUUUCGCGGUCAAUGCUAAGUUGGGUACCGAUGCACGAGCAAAUUCACUCACCUUCACCGGUAGUCGAGACACGCGAAACACAACUCGCUUGUCCAACAUUCUGUACAGGAUCGCCUUUUUGGCUCUUAAAGUGCUGUGCGCAUGUUUCACGAGCGAGCUGUGCAGUGAGUGGGGCAGAAUUGCGCGCGCUAUGCGUGAGUUGGGACGCCGAAACGAGGCUGCUCAUCAUUUGUGGGAUUUCCUCGAAUACAUAGUCACGUAUCGUACACCUCUUUACAUACUGCUGCAGCCAUUUAUCGUGCAUAAGCUAUCUCAACCGCCAAUCGGCGACCACGAGCGUCAUAUGCAGUUCGUGGUACGCGAGCGUAUCCGGGGACUAAAGUUGCCCGCGGCACGUGCUCGGGGCUCGUUGUUAGCAGAGCUGGCUCGAGAGUUGCGCAUAAUGAGGGACACGCAUGACAAUUAUAAAUUCGAACAAUUAGAGAACAUCGGUCAAAGUGGUGGCAAGCGAGCAUCGGAAGCGGUGCCUCGGACAGGAUUGCCCGAUAAGCAACAACAACACCGGCCUUCGCUCAUCUCGAUGCUAGUGGGACGCGCGCCCGCUCCUCGAACACCAGACCAUCCUUGCGCUCCGCUUUCGGCCCAACGAGAAUCACUAUCUAGCAGUUCAACAACAAGUCAACACGUGUUCGACCUUGCCUCGAACAACAAUAAUGGCCGAUUCAGUGACAACAGCAACAAUAACGUUAAUAAUGCAAAUGUUGGUACAAUAAACAACAACUUUGGCGGUGACCAAAAACAGGUUCUUAGCACACCACCGUAUGGAAAUGUGCAAACAAAACUGCGUUUCGUGCCAUCAGUCGAGUUUAAAUUGACCACAGGAGCAAUAGGCGAGGCGGCAUUAACGCCUCUCUCUCCAGUGUCAGCCGUGUCGACCGGGGAGUCAUGUGAAGAAGCGGGAGAGGGUGCCGGAGAUGACGACCGACCAAGACUGCAUCGUGCUCACGGACCUUCCAAGAAGACUUUCAAAUUCCGACGAAGUCGUCACGCAAAGCCUGAGGCAUCGCAUGUUCGCUUAGAAUCUGAUGAAUGUUCAUCACCUGGUCCUGAGAGCACACCAUUGCGCCGCCCGUGGCCGACACUCCUACAGCCUACAACAGUCACUGAUACAUCUUACGACAGCGAAAUAUCUCAGACGUCCUCCACGUCUGGAUAUAGGGAGAGUUAUAGCCUACAAGCUUCUAUGUCGGAGUCACCGGGCGGGUCUGUACGCGCAGUACGAAGCGAAUCUGCCACGCCGCACGCUAGCCCCGACGCAUCUCUGAGCUGUGAGUCUGCAACAUCCUCGGCCGAAAGGACUGCUUUACUGGGUGCAGCCAGCCAACGCUCCCUUCUAUUGAGCAGUGAACUUCGAGAUGAGGACACACUACUUUAAUUAUAAACCUUAAUUAAAAGAAUAUAGCUCAGGGUGCCGAGAAUUUACAUCAAUGUUCAUAUUAUAUAUCAAACUAUGGUUUUCAAUACAUUUAUAAACAACACCCAAAAUAUCCCUUCUCACCAAGCAUUAAACUGUUUCAGUAAUAAAAAUAUUUCCUAACACAUCCUAUCCUAAAAUAUUGGAUACAUAUGGGGUAUUCCAUGCCAAAUCGACCACUUUUGAACGUUACCACUUAAGAUUUCGCUGAAUUUUUUUUAUCUUUUUCUACUUGAUGAAAGACGUUUUUCAGAAUUUUUUCAAAUUUUUUUA